AUGACUGAUAAAAAAAGUCUGAUAUUAACAUAUUUAUUUUCUUUAACUGCGGGUGUUUUCGGUCUGCACCAUCUUUAUUUGGGUCGUACUCAGCAUGCAAUUUUGUGGUGCACAACUUUCGGAGGAUUCGGACUUGGUUUUCUUUAUGAAUUCUUCUUUUCAAUCUAUCAUUAUGUUCAAGAGGCAAAUGAAGAUCAGCAUGUGCUCAAUCAUUAUAAAUUGAGAAUGCUACAAAGAAAAUCACCAUCGUUUGAAAUCCGUCGAUUUUGUGGUCAAUUCAUCACGUCGAUUUUCUACGGUUUUAUUACUUACUAUGCUUUUCCUGAUAACUGGCAUAAACAAACGCUUUUAGCAUUGUUUAUUGGCAUUUGUACCGUAUUGGCUAUUGCUGUCGGAACUCAAAUGGUCGGCACGCUGGGACCACGGCAGUGUUCAUUCUUAUGGCCACUUCUAGGUGCUUUAUUUGGAUUACCUUUAAUCGUCGGUCGCAAUGAGCCAUCAUCACCGUCAUUUAAUCUCUCAGCAUUUCUUUGUUCGUUGUUCUUCGAAUGGCAGGUUGAAUGGAAUCCGACGUAUUUUUCGAAAUUAAUCAUCGCCAAAGAAUCUCAAUGCUCAAUACCACCCAAACGCAAACGUCGUCAUUUUCUUCAACGUUGUCUCAUAUUCGGCCUUAGCAUUAUGAUCUUCGGCACUUUAUUCACUUCAGCCGUCUAUCAAAAUCUGCAAGUUGACAUCAAAGGUCGCCGGGUGAAAGUAAAAGAUGUUCUGAGCGAAUUUUUCAAAUCACAAGAAUUCCUACUAUUUUAUCAACAAAUACUCAAUAUUCUUCGACAAUUAUGGGCAUUUUAUUUAAGACAUGGCUUAAAAGGCAUAUGGACACAGAUAUGGAUGGUACUUGAUUCUGAAAGUGAAAAGCAAGCAUACGAAACGUUAAGUUUGCAGUAUGGCGCUUCUCAAAAACAAAUCGAAUCUCAAUGCCGAACAUUAUCACGUCAAUGGCAUCCUGAUAGACAUCGAGAUCCAAAAGAAAAGCAAAACGCUGAAAGUAUAUUUAUGAAUAUUCAACAAGCAUGUGAUCGUUUAUCAACCGAACGUCAACGUCGUCAUUUAUUGAAUACACAGAAACGUGAAAAUCCGUAG